GACGGUAGGAUUUGAUGCGGAGAGUCAGUACGCCUUCGGCAGGAAUUAGACUGCGCUGCAGGAAUAUCCGCGAGUUUCCCAAGACAACCUGCUGACAAGACAAUGCAUUUCAGCCCUCCUGUCAGCAGAGACAGGAUCAUAUCCACAUUUCCAAAGUGUUAUAAUCCACAAGCCUGCCUACAGAUGAAAGAUGAUUGGAAUACAAAAGCCAAGAUGGCUUGCCAAGACCGGGCAGCACAUCAGCAAGGGUUUGACAGGCUUAAGAUGUCAAAAGCAGUAGUGGUUGGAGAUCUCAAUGUGGGAAAGACAUGUUUAAUAAACAGGUUCUGUAAAGAUGUGUUUGAGAGAGACUACAAGGCUACUAUAGGUGUUGACUUUGAGAUUGAGAGAUUUGAGAUAUCUGGGCUGCCCUGUUCUCUUCAAAUAUGGGACACUGCUGGUCAGGAAAAGUUCAAAUGCAUUGCAUCAGCAUAUUACAGAGGAGCUCAAGUUAUUAUUACUGUCUUCGACAUGGCGGAUAUCAAGAGCUUGGAACAAACACAACAGUGGUUAAAAGAGGCACUGCAGGAAAAUGAACCAGACUCCUGUUUUGUUUUCAUGGUUGGCACAAAAAGAGACCUCCUGUCUGCAGAAGAGUGCCAGAGAACAGAGAGCGAUGCCAUAAAGAUUGCAGCAGAAAUGAACGCGGAGUUCUGGUCGGUGUCCUCAAAAACAGGGGAAAACAUCCAGGAGUUUUUCUUUCGUGUGGCAGCUUUGGCCUUUGAAGAUGCCAUUCUGAAGGACCUGGAGACAGAAAUCAGCACCACUCAGAUUGGAGAUGGAAGUAUUCUUGAUGAUAAAGCACUGGAAGAUGCACAAGAAAAACCAAAGAAGAAGUCCUGUUGUUGACCCUCAGUGGUUUAAGAAGAAGAACUAACCAAUUUGUAUUACAGGACAGAAUAAAUAUUUAACCUAGUAGAAAACAAAGUGUUUUUGGUUGACAUAACCAACCUCUGAGUUGGUGCAUCACUAAUGUACUCUCUGAGAGGGACCACCUUAUCAGAACACACAUAAAAAUAAGGGACUGACAUCCGAGAUGAUUUCAAACAUUUGAUAUGUACUGUAGUAUUAACGUCAGUAUUUUGUACUGAGCAUAAACUGCCAUUUAAUAAUUGCAUUGUGUUUUUCCUUUUUUAUUUUUUUAUCUUCCUUUGGCAGACGAAAUAAACAUACAUUAUA